AUGUUUCACGUCACUUUUUCCUGGUUCCUUUCUAGGUUCAUCGUAUUCUUCACCGAGUCACCCCAAGCCAAAGAGGGUAAACUGAAGUUAGCCUCAUAUUUUGCGGACAUCGUAAGUAAAUCUUGUGAACUUGUGAAGAUGGACAUGAUCACUAAUGUGACCGAGUAUGAAGCAAUUGCAAAGGAAAAAUUGCCAAAGAUGGUUUAUGACUACUAUGCAUCAGGGGCAGAGGAUCAGUGGACUUUGAAAGAGAAUCGAAAUGCAUUCGCAAGGAUUCUGUUCCGGCCACGUAUCCUUGUUGAUGUGAGCAGGAUAGACUUGACGACAACUAUUUUGGGCUUUAAAAUAUCAAUGCCUAUCAUGAUUGCUCCGACAGCCAUGCAGAAGAUGGCACACCCCGAAGGAGAAUUCGCAACUGCAAGAGCUGCAUCGGCAGCUGGCACAAUCAUGACACUAUCAUCUUGGGCCACUUCCAGUGUUGAGGAGGUUGCGUCAACAGGUCCCGGCAUUCGGUUUUUUCAACUUUAUGUGUUUAAAGACAGAAAUGUAGUUGCUCAGCUUGUGAGAAGAGCUGAAAGAGCUGGUUUCAAGGCAAUUGCCCUUACUGUGGACACUCCAAUUCUUGGUCGUAGGGAGGCAGACAUCAAAAACAGAUUUACAUUGCCAUCACACCUGAUAUUGAAGAAUUUUGAAGGGUUGGAUCUUGGAAAGCUGGACAAGACUAGUGACUCUGGUCUUGCCUCUUACGUUGCUGGACAAAUUGACCGGUCACUCAAUUGGAAGGAUAUCAAAUGGCUUCAAACAAUCACUUCAUUGCCAAUUUUAGUCAAGGGUGUACUUACUGCCGAAGACACAAGGAUAGCCUUAAAAGCUGGAGCUUCUGGAAUCGUUGUUUCCAAUCACGGAGCUCGCCAACUUGACUAUGUCCCAGCAACUAUUACAGCUUUGGAAGAGGUAGUUAAAGCUGCAGAAGGAAGAAUUCCAGUUUUUCUGGAUGGUGGAGUUCGCCGAGGAACAGACGUUUUUAAAGCACUAGCUCUUGGAGCAGCUGGUGUAUUCAUUGGUAGACCUGUGUUGUUUUCAUUGGCUGCUGAUGGUGAGGCUGGUGUGAGAAAAGUACUUCAAAUGCUUCGUGAUGAGUUUGAACUAACUAUGGCACUAAGUGGUUGCCGUUCACUCAAGGAGAUAACUCGUGACCAUGUUGUCACAGAGUGGGAUCGCCCAAGAAUUGCUCCAAAGUUAUGA